AUGCCCAUCGAUGUAAUAAAGCCAUUGGCACCAAGUGUCCUCGUCAGCAAGGAAGACUAUCCUCCUUCUUACCGCGCUAACUUUGGUCAUCCGGAUGAUUUGGUCGAAGCUAGUACCAAAAUUGAACCAGACAUCUUCUAUUAUGCUUUGGAUGAAUAUCAUCGCUUGUUUGCUCGGUUGCCCAUUCGCUUGAAUGGGGACACAUUUACAUCAGCAACAUUCAUUCUGGACACUGGUGCUUCGUGCGGAAUUUAUGUGAACAAGGGUCUUGAACAGUUGCUGACCGAACACGGUCGUAUACAAGACGAUGAAUUGGGGUUUAGUUACAUGGACAUUGACCACCUCGAGCGGCAAGUCAAGGUUAAGAUUGAGCAGGUGCCGGAAAAUCAUGCGCAAGUCAACAUCAUUGGCUUGCCCUUGCUGCUCAGCGUCGGCCUGAGUAUUGGAAUCGGUCAUCCUGCUGAUCGCCACUUUGAUCAGGAGCAUGCCUAUUCAGAUUUGUGUCUAUUAUGCCUAGCUAACCGAAACAUAGAGCCAAAGCCCGUUGAAUCCACAACGCUGGACCCUGUACAACCCAUGGGUGAUUCAGAUUACGCAUAUACCAGAGACAUUCACAGGCGAAGGAAGAAGGAUGGAAGAUUCGAUGAACAAGGAUGCGGUACCCCUUCCUUAACCUCGGGACUUCGGAGGAAAGACGAAGAUGCCCCAAAUACACAGCCGAAAAGCGUGCACCUUGGAUUCCUGCUACGUCACUUGCCUGGCUCCGCCAUGGAGUUGCGUGAAGUUGAUUUAGCAGCAUCCUAUAUACUGGAAGCCGACCUUAUAUCACUGUCCGCAGUAUGUGCGGUGAUCUGCACAAUUGGGGUCGUUGGAAAUGCCUUCGUGGUUCUGCUCUUUAUCACGAAUAAUAAGCUGAGGACGGUCACUAACGCUCUUGUUCUAAAUUUGAGCGUCAACGAUCUUGGUCUUUCGCUUUUCAGUGCAAUUAUACUGUGGGCGAACGUGGCUUCUGAAAAAUGGGCCCUGGGAUAUGUUGGAUGUCAUAUCAACGGACUUAUCAACAUUCUGUUUUGUGGAGGAAGUUUAGUAGGUCUUGCAAUAGUAGGCUAUGAGCGCUACCUCGUUAUCGUCAAGCAUACGCCCAUGACCGCACGGAAAGCGCUUCUGGCUGUAAGCUGUGCCUGGUGCUACUGCAUAUGUCUUAGCUCCUUUCCAUACUGGUUUGGAGACCGUUAUGUUCUUUCGUCUUCUGGGAUAUAUUGCGGAGGUUGUACGUUGGUAUUGCAUGGUCUCUCUAUGGCUCUCACUCACGCCCGCAUCGAUGAAUGUAGGAGACUGGUCAAACCGGAAGCCGACUGCUAUCAUCUUCUCCAUUCUCUGCCUGAUGACUGUCUCCCUGCCGAUGAAGUUCUUUGCCGUCAUGUAUUACCACAUCCUGCGUACUGCUCGAGAAAACACACGCUGUUGGGCGGCUCGGGAAGGCCCUCAUUCCAAUGAUGUUGACCCGAAAGAACGAUUGGCACAAGUUCUGGAAGCGCGGAUUGCCCGCAAAGCAGCCAUACUCGUGCUCGUAUUUGUUGUCAAUUGGUUGCUGUACGACGUGCAGUUUAUGUGGGAGUUAACAGCAGGGCGCCAAGCAGAGAAGCGGUUGUGCCAGCUCUCAAUAUUAGGCUGCUAUUUAAACUCAGCAUGUAAUCCGCUCCUCUUCAUCACCUUGGACGCCAAGUGGAAGAGCGCUGCGUACAAUAUUCUGGGCAUCAAGUGGAAAAGAAGGAACUCAGUAGUCGGCCAAGAUAAAGCAGCGAAACAGACCGAACUGAAGGCCACUUAUAGUGUUCAUGAAACAAUCGACCUAUAAGCGGACUAUGAUGUCAGUUGUUUGCACUGUAAACAGCCAAUGUAUUUUUGGUACCAUAUUACACCAAUACAGAAAGGAUAAACGAAAA